AUGGCGGCGCUGGCGGCUAUUUGCGCCGCCGCGCCGGGCAAGGCGUGGAGCCGCGCGUGGUCGAGCCAGGGGUCGACGUUUUGGCUCACGCGGCUCUCCAGGGAUCGCCGCGCGAGGCGACGCGCCGCGGCGUGGCGGCUCAUGGCGUGCGCGGCGUCGCCGACCGCGAGGGCGACGUCCGCGAUGCUCCUGCACGGGUUCCCGGAGUCCCCCAGGCACGCCGCGAGAGUCGCGCUCGACGUCUCGGAGUGCGCCGCCGUGCGCGCGGCGGCGUGUCAACUUCUCGCCGCCGCCGUGUCCACCGCCGCGGUCGUCCGCGCGAGUGGGGACGACGCCGCGCUGGACACGAUCCUCGACGUCGCGCCGUUGCUCGCGGAUAGGGACGUUUGGCGCGGCCUCGCGGAAGUCAUGAUCGCGUGCGCGGGGCAGGGGCUGGGGAUCGUCGCCGCGGAGGGCGCCGCCGCGAAUUCGCAACCCGUGGUGACGAACGCCGCCGAGCGCGCGUGCCUUCGCCGCGGCGCCGCCGCGGCUUUACUCGCCGCGACCCGCGUCGCGCCGGCCGUCGUCGCCGUCGCGCUCGCGCCCAGGGAGGAGGACGCGCCGCCGUCGAGCUUUGGCGGCGACGAUUGGCCCCCCGCGUGGAGCGCGACGACGGCGGCGAUGCACCCGGCGCCGUGGGCCGACGCUUUAAUCGCGUCCCCCGCGGAGGCGCUGAGCUGGGCGGACCCGCCGUCAUCGCUCGAGUCCGACGCGGCGGCCGCGAGCGCGUCAUCCGCGGCGCUCGCGGGCGCGAUCGCCGCCGCGGACCUCGCGGACAUGGACCCGGAGUCGGACGCGGUGCGAGACGAGGACCGCGCGUCAGUCGCCGCCGCCGCGUGGUGCUUCGACGCGCGGCGGCUCGCGUGCGACACGUCCGUCGUGCCGUCCACCGCGAGCGCGCUGUUCGCGGCGGCGGAGGCGCUGACGAGUACGCCGCCGCCCGGCUCGGGCGGCGCGCCGUCCAAGCACGACGCGCCGAGGCGCGCGGCGAUCGUCCGAGCGUUUAGCCGCGCCGCGAGGCUCACCGCGUCGCUCGCGCGUCUGUGGCACGCGCAGGCUGUCGGCGUGGGCGAGUGGGCGGCGCCGGGCGCGCCGGCGGCGGCGGCGCCGCACGGCGCCGUCGCCGCCGCGUUGCGCAACGUGCUCGCGUACAGCGCGUCUUCGAAGCGCGCGGCGGCGUCGCUCGAUCUCGCCAGGGUGCUGCUCAAGACGAUCGCGCGCGCGCAGAGGGUGGUCGCGUACGAGACGACGCUCGCGCGGUCGAGCGUGGACUCCUCAAAGUCGACGCCCGCGGCGCCGAAACCGCUCGCGAUGCCCGCGGAUCUGGUUCUGAUCGAGUGCGCGAGCCUUUUGAAGCACCUGUUGUUUUGCCCGCCCACCGCGGCGGCGGCGCACGCGGCCGUCGUCGAAGCCUCCGGCGGCGAGGGCUGGCAGAUUCUGGUGGACAAGACGGGCGCGUCGGAGACGCCGGAGGCGCUCGGCGCCGCCGCCGCGUCGGCGCGCGUCGACGCCAUGGCGCGCGGCGCGCUGGAGAUGGUGCACCAACUGUGGCGGCACGCCGCCGCGGAUCCGCCGCUGUCGCACGAGCUCAUGGGCCUCGCCGCGAACGUGUUCGCCGGGUGCGGCGAGGCGAAGCGCGCGGCCGUGGAGGAGUACGACGGGAACGACGGGCAGAAGCCCGCGUGCCUCGCCGAUCGGAUGCUGCGGCUGGCGUUUCGAAACACGUCGCCCGCGGCGACGACGCGGCUGGCGCUCGCGCCGCUCGCGUCGCUCGCCGGCGACGCGACGAGCCGCCGGUGGCUGCUUCGCUCGCCGUUCCUUAACAAAGUAUGCGACGCGUUCAAGACGGCGGUCGGGAAGCGCGACGCGCAGAGGCAAGUCGCGCUGCUUCGCGCCUUGGCGGACGUCGCCGGCGGCGGCGGCGACGAAGGCAGGCAAGCCGUCCUGAGAGAGGGCGGCUCGUCGCUCGUCCAGCUCCUGCUCGAGGUGCUCGCCGCCGCGGGCGUCAGCGGCGGCGGCGGACCCGACGGCGACGAGGAGGACGACAUCGACGUCAUUCUCACCGGGUUAUCCUCGCACGAGAUGAACACGGUGUUCCAGCCGCAGCUCCCAAUCGCGGCGCUCGAGUCGCUGCUGUUGCUUCGGAACGUGUGCUUUCACUCCGAGGCCAAGGCGCACGUGUCGUCCAACCCUCGCGCGAUCGACGCGCUCGUCGCCGCCGCGGGCGCCGCGGACCCGGGCGCGCGCGCGGCCGCCGCGGACGCGCUGCUCGCGCUCGUGCACAACGGGCAGCGGAUCGCGGCGUUGCUGCGACGCGACGAUCGGCCGGCGCGCCUUCGUCGCGCCGCGGGACGCGCGUACAAGGCGACGUUGAAAUCGUGCGGCGACGACGACGACGGAACGCGGCGGCGCGGGCACAACCCGCGCGCGGAGGCGGAGGCGCACGCGAGCAAGUGCCUCGCCGCGCUCG